AUGGCUGAGUGCCACCCUACCGCGACACCGGUGGACACUCAUGCCAAGCUAUCCGGCCAUGAUGGUGCUCUGGUGGUUGACCCUUCCGACUACCGCAGCAUUGUGGGUGCUCUCCAGUACCUGACGCUCACUCGCCCCGACCUGGCAUAUCCCGUUCAGCAGGUGUGUCUUUUUAUGUAUGAUCCGCGUGAGCCCCAUCUCGCGUUGAUCAAGCGCAUAUUAAGAUACGUCAAGGGGACCAUCGACUCCGGCCUUCAUCACGGUGUCUCCCUAGUGACUUCACUCACCGCCUACUCCGACGCCGAUUGGGCAGGCUACCCCGACUCCCGGUGUUCCACCUCUGGCUAUUGCGUCUACCUCGACGACAACCUCGUCUCCUGGUCGUCCAAGAGACAGAUCACGGUGUCCUGCUCGAGCGCAGAAGCCGAGUAUCGUGCUGUUGCUCACACCAUAGCCGAGUGCUGUUGGGUGUGGCAACUCUUGCAGGAGCUUCAUGUUCCUGUUGCUUCAGCGUUGUCGUCUAUUGCGACAAUGUCAGCGCUGUCUACAUGUCGACAAAUCCCGUUCAACAUCGCUGCAUGA